AUGACACUUGACUCCUUGAACUCCAGGCCAAAACCUAGUGGCUAUGGCAUUGUAUUGUUGGAGAUGUUUAUAGGAAAGAUGUCUACUGAUGAGAUGUUUGAUGACAAUUUGAACCUUCAUAAUUAUGUUAGGAUGGUUUCGCCGGAAAGAGUAGCAGAUGUUGCUGAUUCAGGGCUUAUUCGACACGACGACGAGUGCUUGAUUUCAAUAUUUGGAAUUGGACUUGCAUGUUCAGAAGAAACUCCGAGUGAAAGGUUGAACACCAAAGAAAUUGUAACUAAGUUGCUGGUCAUCAAGAAGGAAUUGAUCAGAACUGAGGGGAAACAUUGA